AAGCCCUGGGAAAGGAUUCUGUGUAGGAAAGGAAUUGUGGGAGUUCUAAAACAGAAAAUAACUGAACUUCCCUUCCAUGUUGGAUUUCAUCUUACAUCCCUCUAGGACACUUCCCCAUUACAGUGUUAAGUUUCUUAAAGGGCCAAGAAAACGAAACUGAACCUUAACCGGGAGGAGCCAAGGGAGGAUUAUAAAAGGAGCGCGCAAAGGACCUGGAUUCCGGCUCUGCGCGGUCUUCGUCUCCCCUUCCAGUGAGUACCCCUUCAAGCAGGCUUCUCGCUCCCAGGCAUCGGGAGCCACAGUGCCACCAUGUGGCAGAAGUCAAUGCUGCUCCUUCUGGGCUACCUGCUGCUGUCCAGCUGCUACGUGGAUGCCUGCUCUGAUGAAUCUGAUGAUGAUUGUGGGAUCUGGAAUGCCCUUCCAUAUAUGGUGGUAGGAGGAGGGUUGUUGGCUUUUGGCCUGCCAGCCUUGGGGUUCACAAGUGCGGGCAUUGUUGCCAAUUCUGUGGCCUCGACCCUCAUGAGCUGGUCAGCAGUGAUAAAUGGUGGUGGUGUGCCAGCUGGUGGGCUUGUGGCCACCCUACAAAGCCUUGGAGCUGGGAUGGGCACCACGGCCUUGGCUGGGGUAGGAGCCACAGUUGGCUAUGAGGUCCACCAGAAUUUUGUGUGCCAAAAGGAGAAAGUGAAAGAAUUAGAGUGAGUAGGAUGGAGCAUCUGCCAAUAACUGACCAGCCAAUCAGAGGACAGAUGACCAGAAACCAUGGAGGGGAGCUCAGAAUUCUGGAUGAAUACACUGAAUAAAUCUGCUCACCCAAAA